AGGCAUAAUUGCCGCCAAAGUAGUGAAAGUUCCACGAACCAUGCUAAGGUCAGCAAGGUAACCUUGGUACGGAUUGCUUUUCUAAAUGACACGGAUUUAAAUCGCUUUGAUCCGAGGAAGUUGUUUAUUUGUUCCUGUUUUGAAUAUUUCUCUCAAGGUAUACACCGUCACGUUUCAGUAUUUUCGCUCAUUAUGGAAAUCUAAUUUACCUAGUUGAUUUGUUCGAUCGCCGCCAUUUCGUUUGUGCUAGCGCGUGAUCGAUGAAAGGGAUAACCACUAUGCUAAGAGGAAAAUCGUUAAUUUCCUUGAUUAAACCAACCGGUAACGUGUCAAAGUUCAACCGGUAACAACCUUCAAAGUGUUCUUUGAUCCGAAAGAUCAGCGAUUUUCGAGGUUGGGAAACAAAAAACAAACAAACUUCCUUAAUAUCCUCUCUUCACUUCCUUUGAAUUUGUAAACUGGUCGUCUGAGGUAAAGGAACAUCAUCAUGUUGGUUUCAAACAGCGGCGAGCAGUCGUUCAAGAAUCGUUGCUUCGGCAAGAAGCGAAAGUUCAAGUUCUUGUCGAAGAUGACCCACUCAAGUAUGGCGUCCCCCUAUGAGAGAAUGGACGAUGACGUCAGGGAGGUCAAGAAGAUGAAAAAGAAGAAGGUUAAGAAGCUAGAUGAGGAAUGUAAAGAUAAAGAGAAUGUUGAGAUAAAGGAUAAGAAAUCGAAGAGAAAAACAUGGAAACUGAUUCGCAGUGCAACCUUAACCACCUGUCGCUAUAUCGGAAUGGGUGUUGCUCACAUGAGUCCAGUCGCUUCCUAUGGAUCUCCUGAUUAUUGUGUUGAUCCAAAAACUUGGAAUAAAUCUUUCAACAGAAGCGUAAAGAACAUGCCACCUCAUCACCAAACUGGCCACUGGACCAACACCAUGAUGUUCUCAAGUUGGUGAAGUCAACGGCAAAGUUAGAAACUAUAAGCCCAAGAAUAUUCAUACAUAUGCUCUACUUUAAGUGAUCAACAGCUUUAUGGUUCAUGUGGAACUGCUUGUGCUCUAAUCAGCGCAGCUAUCAAAAACUCAAAACGUGCUCUUGAUGGCAUGUAUCUUGACGGCAUGUAUAUCCACAUGAACAGUGUUAUCUAGUCUGAGGGAAAGUUGCUCAUUGAAUCAAAAUGAGUGAUUUUUUUAAAACUUUCUUUGCUUUCAUUUUUUAAUUUUUUUAAAAAAAAAAUUGAUGUACGUUUAUUUUGUAAUGUUGAGUGUUGUGUUUGUAUUUUAAAUGAGUGCUGUAAUUUAGCUUCAAAAGCUUUAAUCUCUUGUAAAUAGUGAAUAUAGCAUAAAAAACCUGAAAAAGCACGCUAACGCUAUACAGUGGUUUCGGUUCUAUAAUGAAGAAUCUUCAUCAGAGACCAAAGACAAAAAUAAUACAGCUUCUAAGUUUGGACGCUGGUGAAAGUUCUUAAGAAGAUUAACUUUCAUCAGAGACCAAAUACAGAAAUAACACAGAUUAUAGGUGUGGACACUGUUGAUGGUUCUUCAUUGUAGGUUAUUCGGAACCAUAUUACAUAUGUUUAUGUAAUAUAAAAAUAGUAUUUGUGUUUUUUUUUUUUUGAAGAAAAAAAGAAUUUUAGAUUUAUUUAAACACAGCAAACACAAAGUUAACCCUAUCUUCAAAUAGAUCUUCUAAAGAGUGUUGAUUUUUUAAUUAUUUAAUCUUAUAUUUCUUUUCUUAAAAUGCCUAUUUCUUAUUGAAUUAUAAAAUUCUUUUGGUAGAAAAUGAACUUAAGAAUAUAUUCUAAAAGUAUGCUAUAAGCUAUAAAGGGCUUUGGAAAAAUUAUUUUUAAAAACAUUGUGCAAAAUAAUUAAAAGUUUAUAAUGCUUUGUAAAUUAGGAAGUUACGUAAUUAAUUGUUAUAAUAAUCCAGUUUUCUGGAAUCUAUAGCUUAUUUUAUACAAACUUAUUGUAUAAAGAAUUAUUAAACAUAUACUCUAGAUAGUUCUAAAUAAUAAAAAUACUUAAGGAAAUUAUUUUUCUGAUAUUAUUUAUUUAUUUCAUGGAAUGUUUUUAGUAGUUAAAAAAUAUUCUCAUGAUACUCUUCAGGGAAAGAUAAAAAAAAUUAUGCUAUAUUAAAAAAGAGUUUGAGCUAAAAAAAGAAGAAAUGUUAAAAAAAAUCAUGUGAUAUAAAUGCACCUAUAAUUAUCACAUAAUUUUUUAUGUAAAGAAACUAUGAAUUUUAUGAUACCGUUUACUUAAAAAAAAUUUUUUUUAACUGUAGAUCAAAUUAAAAACUAUUUGUAUUUUUAUUAUUAGGAAAAAAAUACCUUAAACCACUUAUUAUCUGAAGAUUUUUAUAUAUUUUCUCUAUUUAAUUGAUUUUUAAACAAAUUUAUUUAUUGUUAAACUGAUAUUAAACAGCUUUAACGAGAUCACGUAUAUUAAAAAGUUCAUAAUAAUAAAUGAUAUUAAACUUUUAUAAAAAUAUUUUAGUCCUGUUUUGCAAAAGGAUUAUGAUCAUUUUAAAAUCCUUAUCUCUUGAUUUUAAAUAUCCUUUACUAGAUGCAUAAUAAUAGGAAUCGGUGAAUUAAGUGGUUUGUAUAUUGAAAACCUAUUUGACCUUAAAAGUAUUACAAUUAUUUUAAAGAGUUUAUCACUUAGUUUGAGUAUAGUUGAUUAUAAGCUGGAGUUUCAAGGUUUGGAGUGCAUAAAACUCUAUUGAAACUGAAUAAUUGAAUUGUUCCUAUUUUUAAUUGUAUAAUUUUGUUUAAAAUAAAUACAAUUUAUUAUUAUCAAGAUAAUUAUUUGCGACUGGUUUGUGUUGAUUUUUUAAAAAAUUUUCUGAAAUGGUUUAAAAAUAUAUGUAUAAAAGGAAUGAAAAUAUAUAAUUUUGUCUUCAAUCACUAUUUUUUUUCAAACUAUUUGUGGCAAUUAUUAAUUAAUUUCAUAUUAUUUUAUUUUCAUGAAAUUUUUACUUUCUUAAUUUUUUUAUAUAAUCAUUAAUGUUGUAGGGAGAUGAUUUCAUUUCGUUUAGUGUAUUAUUCAGCAUUGUUGUAAAUAUGCUUGUAAUUUUUUAAUAAAGAUUUUAUGUUCUUUUU